CUUCAUCUAUCUUUUUGAGCCAGCAGAAGUACAUCACAGAACUGCUUAUUCGCAGCAAAAUGCAGGAUGCCCGAUCUAUUCUCUCCCCUGCCGAACCAGGUUCACGACUCUCGGCCUCAGGAGACCCAAUGGAUGAUCCUCAUCUCUACCGCAGCAUUGUUGGUGCCUUGCAAUAUGUUACUAUCACUCGGCCAGAGAUUUCUUAUGCAGUUAAUCGUGUUUGCCAAUUCAUGCAUGCUCCCACAGUAACUCAUUGGCAAGCUGUCAAGCGCCUUCUACGCUAUCUCAAGGGGACCAUUACCACUGGCCUACACCUUCGGCCAUGCACGG